CAGACGGCGAUGUGCGUCUUUCAGGCGACGCUGCCAGCGUGACGUAUAAUCUAGUGGACGGUUCUUCAUAAACAGCUCGUCAACCACCCCGGUAGCUUGCUAGCCAACAUAGCCGAAAGAUUCAAGCUAUUUAUACGCUUUCGGUGUAUAUUACCUACUGUGUUUUAGCCACACUUCUGUCGUAUCUACUUGUUAACCUAUUUAAUUGAAUAUUACGUUAUUUUGUAUUAGUCAGCUAUAGUAGUUGGCUGGUUAAAUUAGCACUAGCCUAGUCGCUAAUGAUAGCUAGUUAGCUAACAUCCCCGAACAUGAGGUCAGUAAGCUUCUCCCCUCCUGCUAAAGAAGAGGAAGUCUGCUGGACGGAGAAAGAGGGUCUGGGGCUGAACAUUGUUGUGAAAGAGGAGGAAGAGGAGGCUGUUUUUGGAGUGAAAGAGGAGGGGGAGAUUACUGUCACAUUGGAGGAAGAAGAGGAGGUUGGAGAUCUGUUUAACACCAGAGAAAGACCAGACUCUCCCUCUGACAGCAGGAAGAGUCCUUCAGGGGAACCAGACCCAGAGAUGCCCAAACCAGCCAAAGGACAUCACUGCUCCCACUGUGGAAAGAGUUUUACUAAGUUACGAAACCUAAAAGAGCAUGAGAGGACACACACAGGAGAAAAGCCUUUCCAAUGUCCCCAGUGUGGAAACAGUUUUAGUCAGUUAGGGAGCCUGAAAAUACAUAAGAGAAUACACUCUGGAGAGAAGCCUUACCGCUGCUCCCACUGUGGAAUUACUUUUACCUGGUUUGGAAGCCUGAAGUCACAUGAGAGAAUACACACAGGAGAAAAGUCCUACCACUGCUCCCACUGUGGAAAGAGUUUUAGGUGGUUAGAAGGCCUGACAAAGCAUGAGAGGACGCACACAGGAGAAAAGCCCUACCAAUGCUCCCACUGUGGAAAGAGUUUUACUCAGUUGGGGAACCUGAAAUCUCAUCAGAGGAUACAUACACAGGAGGAGAAGACAUACCACUGCUCUCAUUGUGGAAAGACAUUUUCCCAGUCAGACGACCUGAAAUCACAUGAGAGAAUAGAGAGGCUGUGUUCUGACUUAUGUUUUUGACUGAGAAUUAGUGUUUUUGUUCAUGCCAAAUGAAAUCGUAUUGUUUAUAUGAAAUCAUUAAAAAAAAAACUUUACUUUUGCUUUUGUUUUUUUAUCUGGAGACCUGAUCAUGUCUAAAAUCAGAUAAAAUAUUUUAAAAUAUGUAUAUUAUUUUUCUUAUGAGCCUCGAUUGAUUGGAUGCAAAAUGUCAACCCUAUGAUGUUGUUCAUUAUAUUAUUUGCAAAAUGUAAAUUAUUAUAUAAGUAAGUAGCCUUCUAGAACAGCUCAUAGAAACAGGAGCCUUGUCUUGUAUGAUCCAGAACGUCUGUCUGACAGUGUGAGAGUAAUAAGGAAAAUAUUUUUAGUUUUCAUUGUAUUUCCAUAUCUUGACAGGCUAUAUAUAAUUUGACCGCAUCAAUGCAUUUCUAACGAUUACAAUCUGUAUAAAGUCCAGUAAUUUGUUACAUUAGAGGCACGUGUGAAAGGUAAUCCAUUCUGUAAAUACUGUUAAAAGACUAAGAGAUAAUACAUUUUGAAAUGGAA